AUGAUCAAUUACGAGGCACCACUGCCGCCGCUCGACGCGUUCAUCACCUCCCUGGUGGAGCGGUCUCACGUCCAAGUCCCGACCCUCAUGUCGAGCUUGGUCUAUCUGGCCCGUCUCCGAAAGCGUCUGCCCACCGUCGCCAAGGGCAUGCGCUGUACCGUGCACCGCAUCUUCCUCGCCUCGCUCAUUCUCGCCGCCAAGAAUCUCAAUGACUCGUCGCCCAAGAACAAGCAUUGGGCGCGCUACAGCUUCGUUCGCGGAUACGAUGGCUUCGGCUUCUCCGUGACCGAGGUCAACCUGAUGGAGAAGCAGCUCCUCUUCUUGCUCGACUGGGACCUUCGCAUCACCCAAGACGAUCUCUACCAACACUUUGAGCCCUUUCUCGCCCCCGUUCGUGCCCAGCAGCUGCGACAACAGGAAAAG